AUGGCGAAGAAAGUUGCUACAGAUUUCGAAAAGAUCAUCCAUGAGGGGCGCGAGCGAAAGAAGAACGAAGCUCUUGCCGAUCGCAUCUUCUCCAAGAAUCGUCGCCAGAGUGCCCCCUCCAAACUUAGGUCGACUCCAGGUCCCUCGCUUGCAAGCCGCGUUGGCGUCAAGAAGCAACGUUCCUCCGCCGUCGGCGCCCGAUCAAACGCUCCUGUCCCUGGAAACGUCAAUGGCGAAUGGACUCAUGAUCUGCACCACUCGAUUUCAGGCGACUUGAGCGCUCGCAUCUCAGCCCCCAAUUCCGCCAACAAGAGAGCCAGCAAUCGCCGGGUAGCUCGCCUAUCUGCUGCCGUUGAUCGCAUGGACACUUCAGGCGAUGCACCUCAGCAAGUCAACAUAGUAAAAUCAAAGGCAAACAAUGCCAACAACUCUAUGGGCAUGACUAUCAGAGGUCUCGCUGGGCCAUUCACCGUCAUGGCACAAAACUUUGCUCCUGGCACUACACCUGCUGAUAUCGAGAGCGCUAUGACCCCCAUUGGAGGCGAGGUCGUGAGCUGUCGCAUCGUCAAAUCAAAGCCGUUCCUCAUCUUCGAGAUGGCUUUCGCCUCUCGUGAAGGUGGCGAACGCGUCAUUGAGACCUUCAAUGACAAGACUGCUGACGGCAGGAUCAUCAAAGUAUAUCCUAAACUCGGCUCUUCAGCAAGCAACAUGACAUCCAGCGCUCCUAGGGAUGCCCCAAGUGGUCCUCGGGGUAACCGCGCAAAUAGGUUCAACGCCAAGGACAAUGUUGUUGACGGAUCAUUGGGAUUCACCGACCUAAUGCAGACCGCUGUCACAAAUGGAUCAAGGGACAGUCAGCUAUACAGUGACGACCUUGUUGGCGGCAGCCGAAGAGGCCGAGGUCCGAAGGGGGGAGCAAGGGGUCGCGGAGGACGUUAA